UAUGACGUUAAUUCUACAUUUUUAUCAUGUGCAAAUGAGUUUUACAUUUAACAGACAGUUUUCCUAUGGGGAAAGAUGCUGUAAGACUUGUAAUGGAAGAAAUUUAAAGAGAAAUUGAUAUAACUGAAGGUUAUUUGGGUAUAUUGAAUGAUUAAUUUCCAGAGAUUGUUAAACAAAAAGAGCAUCUAGUAAGAUUUAGAUUCUCUUAAAGAUUAAUAAAUUUAAGAGAGA